UGCGCAGGCUCACAUCGCCACAGAAUGCGGAUUUCGAAGCUAAUGAGAAUAGCUAGCCAGUAAGCUAAAAACAAGCUUCUUGUUGUUAGGGUUUAGAAGGGUACAAUGUCUAAAACGUAUCCACAGCCCCCGUCAUCUUCGGUAGCGACGAGUGCCGGAGGACCCUCUUCGUCCUCUUCGUCUUCGCCUGCAGGGGGGUCAACAUCUCCUGCAACCGUGUUGAACGUGCAGCCCGAGAAACCUCAACAUUACACAUAUCUGAAGGAGUUUAGAACGGAGCAGUGUCCCCUGUUCGUACAACAUAAAUGUACACAGCACCGUCCUUUUUCCUGUUUCCACUGGCACUUCCUGAACCAGCGACGCCGCAGGCCAAUACGCAGACGGGACGGAACCUUCAACUACAGCCCAGAUGUUUACUGUACCAAAUAUGAUGAGGGAACAGGCACCUGCCCCGACGGAGAUGAGUGCCCAUUUCUGCAUCGAACAGCAGGUGACACAGAGCGCAGGUACCAUCUCCGCUACUAUAAAACUGGAUCGUGUAUCCAUGAAACUGAUGCAAAAGGCCACUGCAGCAAGAACGGCUCCCACUGUGCAUUUGCUCACGGAUCACAUGACCUACGCAGCCCCGUUUAUGACAUCAGGGAAAUGCAGGUGAUGGAGUCUCAAGGAGGCUCAGGGACCACAGAAGGAGGUGGAGGAGAUGGGCAGUCGGGACAGGCAGCGAGUACAGCCCUCAUAGAGAAGAUCUUGAGUGAGGAGCCACGCUGGCAAGAUAAUGACUACGUGCUGUCCCAUUACAAGACAGAGCUCUGUAAGAAACCACCUCGCCUGUGUCGUCAAGGUUAUGCCUGUCCGUAUUAUCACAACAGCAAAGACAGGAGACGCAGCCCACACAAGCACAAAUACAGAGCGUUGCCAUGUCCUGCGGUGAAGCAAAGUGAAGAGUGGGGAGAUCCCAGUAAAUGUGAGGGAGCUGAGUCAUGUCAGUACUGCCACACGAGAACAGAACAACAGUUCCACCCAGAGAUCUAUAAAUCCACCAAGUGCAAUGACAUGCAGCAGUGUGGCAGCUGUCCCAGAGGGCCCUUCUGUGCCUUUGCUCAUGUUGAAAAGCCCUUUGUUCCAGAGGAACCAUCAUUCCCCAACCCCAGCUCCCCUCCACCCCCUAGACCUCCAGACCCUAUUCCUGUCCAGGAGGUUUCUGCCAGUCCCGGUUGUCACAACAUGGGGUCUUGCUCUAUCUCGGACCCCUUCUCUCCUUCUGCAGGCUCAUGUGUAGCAGAGCAGGGCUUGCUUGGUAGCGUUUUGUCUCUGUGUGAGGACAUGAGUGGAUCUGCAGAACCUCAGUCUCCGUGGGCGGGAGAGGGAGGGUACGGCAGGGCACCUGGCUUUGAGAGGGAAGAUCAGGCCAAGCAAAGGGGUUUUGCUCUAGAGCAGCGGCACAGAGAACUAGCAUCAACUCAGAACAAACAGGACCUUCAGGUGUUUUUGCCAGUUGGCAGCCCUUUGAGUCUGUCCUCCAGUAUCCCCUCUAGUCUGGCAGCCACACCGCCUAGCCCUGCUCCUCUUGGACCCCCAGGAUCCAGCAUAUCCUCUGGAAUGAAUGCUAAUGCCUUGCCCUUUUACCCGACUAGUGAAACAGUGGAAUCAGUUGUUGAAUCAGCCCUGGAUGAUCUUGACCUGAAUGACUUUGGUGUGUCGGCGUUGGAGAGAAGCUUGGAGAGCAGCUCUGCUCUGCCCAGUGUGGGAGUCAUGCUGGGAGGUAGCCAGCUUCAGAGUUCUGCCCCAGUGAACAUCCCAGGGUCUUUUAGCAGCUCCGCUGCUUUUAGCUCACCUUCACCAUCUCCCCCAGUCAGGCCGCAUGCUUCACCAUUCUUUUCUACUCAUCUGUCCCAACCUGGCCAAUCAGAGAGCAGCUUCCUGGGACCAUCUCAUAGCUCUUUAGGUCUGAAUGGUAUGAGUACUAAUAUCUGGGAGCACUUCCCAUCAGGCCAGGGGUCUCCUGGUACACCUCCUACCCUACUGCCCUCUGCUCCCUGUGCAGAGACCUCCAGGCUCAAACAGGAGCUGGAGGAAGCUCACAGGACACUGAAGCAGUGGGGUCACAGCUGGAGACACACAGCUCAGUCGUUUGCGGCACUGAAAGCGGAUGCAGAGGAGUCACGUGCCCAUGCAACGCGGUUAGCCAUGGAAGCAGAAAGAGCCAGGCAGGCUGAGGAGGAGGCGCAGAGACAAGCUACUCUCCUGCAGGAGGCGCUGGAGAGCUUAAGGAGCGGAGAUAAUCCUCAUCUGUCACUGCACCAACUCCAGCUACUACACCGGCUGCCGUUGGAGUCGGUCCUCAGUUUACAGGCUCAGCUUUGUACCUGCUUACAUGCUGUGGAACAGGUGGUGUACAGGAAACAGAGACAGUGCUGCGUGACGUGUGGAGAGCAGGGCUCGCUGUCGCUGCCCUGUGGCCAUGGACUACAGUGUGAGAGCUGCUCCACCGCUACAGAUUGCCCACUGUGCCCUGAACAGAGCCUGGAACAGCAGCUCUCUUGACCUCACAAUUCAGUGGGACCACCACAGAUUCCAGACCAGUCAGUCCUGAUUCCACAGACACCAGCCUUGAAUUGUGUCAACAGUUCAGAAUUACCCAGAGGUCAUUUUGUUAUUUGGUAACAAAUCAAGCACUGACCUAGUUGUGUACUUCUAAGAUGAGAUUUACUCACAAAUUGCCAGCUUGGUGAGCUGUAGUCACUAAGUAAAAGCUCUUAAUGUGGAACUUUGAAUGAUGUUUCCAGUGUUACCAGUGGAACAAUUUCUUUUCUUUUUUUAACUAGAUGAUGCUUUUGACCAGCAACACUGUUCUUUCCACCUGCCCCUGAGUUGUGAAAAUCACUUUAAGACCUGCUGUCAUUUCUUGUGUAACCCUAGCUAUGAAACAUUUACACAAAUAGUUCUCAGUUUUUUUUUUUUUACUCUAAACUGAGUGUUUUCCAUCCAUGUGCAACAGGUCAGCAGUUUAUUUUACUUUAUUUUUUUUAUUUAUUGUUUAAUAUUUUUGAGCCAUCCUAACAAAAAUCAAGAGGUCUGAAUGAAAACACUUAAAGGGCAUGGUUAGUUUCAUCUAGCAACGAGUCUAUAUUGUUACAGUCAAAAAGAGGAUAUCCCAGUCUACUGAUAUCACAUUUCUAGAUUUUGCUGCAUUUUUUUUCUCCCCGUCUUUAGCUAAGGAAAAUUAUUUACUGGUCAUUGUUAACAGAAAUAUAAAAACAAUAGUAGGAAUAUUUGUUUGAAUUUACAACAGAUGGCCUCUGUUUAAAGCACUCAGGUUUUCUCUAAUAUUCUUCUACAUUAACUGGAAGAGUAAGCAUGUUAACACAAUCGAGGCAAACAUAGUCAACUUGUGUACUCUUUGAAAAGACAUAUUUUUAAUUUUUACUUUUUCAUGUUAACUCAGACAUAAGUAUUUUUAUUAAAACCGGCCCCAUUGCUGUGUUUAAAUCAACGCGCAACAGGUUUAUCUGCCAAUAUUUUAGCAUUUGUAGUAAUCUUUGACAUUUCAGCGUCAAAUGUAGUCUUAUAUAAUAUAAUAUAUAUAUAUAUAUAUAUACAUACACACACACACACACACACACACACGCACAUGCAUACACACACACAUAGUUAAGUGAUGUCAUACUUAUCUCUUGCACUGAUUAGACAAAGCAUCAGGAAGCAUACAGGUAUGUAAAGCUGUGUGAGGCUCAAAGUGUUCAUGAUCACUGUGAUGGUCUUCAGUAAACUCAUGCUCAGCAUAAGGUCCACACACAACUCAUGCAACACCAGUGUUUCCUUCUGAGUGGAUUUUUUUCAUUGUUUUUGGUACAGAUCAUUAAAACAAAUUGUAUAUUUUUGGAGGAACAGCUUGUUUCUG